AUGGCCUUCUCCCACGACGGCUCCACGGCUCCCAUAAUUGGCAAACGGGAUCCUUCACCUUUGCCGCCCAACAAGCUGGUCAAACGCUCCUCGUCGGUCCGUGUUUCUAGAGACCCCUCUGCCCAGGGUUCUGGGUCCCGCCUCCCAUCGUUUCGCCGCCCAGCUACAAGCCACCAGCGAUCCGCCACGCUGCAGCAUCAAACAGCCCUCCUUGAGAUGACGGCCGAGGAUCCACCCGUUGACGAGCAGCCGGUACCGCUACCGCCAAGUACAGAUAGUGAGGUAGAGUACACCCAGUUCUUCACGGCGAGAGUUGCAAAGGAGAAGACGCUGUCCAAGAGGAAAGGAUCAUCGACAAAUGCAAAAAGCAUGAAAAGGAUUUACCCAGACGAUAAGCACAAGCCUACGCUGCUGCUCGCGAAGUCUGUAACGGCGGGUGUAAGCGCAGAUGAGGUUGAUGACUCCGCUAGCGACGAUGGUGAAAGCGUUUUCUUCGUGAGCAGGCCGGGCACACCGCUAAGCUUUACCGCCGUCAUUGCGACCCAAACCGAGGCGCCCAAAUCCAACGAGAAGCGGAAGGCAUCGCGCAGCCGACUGUCCAUGGACGCCGACGACGCCACGCGGCCCAGACGCUCUUUCUCCAUCACAGACCUGUUGUCGCCGGGCUCCAGCGCCAAGAAGCAGCGGACUGCCAAAUUACCCGGUGCAAAGCUCACACGCAAUUCGAGCCAAAAGAGGGUGAGUUCAGCUCCGCUUCCCACGAUGGCCAGGAGGCAGAGUAAUACAGCACACGGAGAACCCGCUGCAGCAUCCGCACGGCGAGACCUGACCGACCCCGCUCUUGUUCGACGCGACAUCUCUACCUCUGCCGGACGCACCCAAAUUGGAACUGCACGACAUGGACUUUCCGGAGCUUCAUCCCCACCGUUACCUGCAUUACGGCGGCGUGCUGCUGUCAUGGUAGAACGGACCGCCGUGUCAAUGCAUCAAAGCGACGUUAAGCCGUCAAGCUCAACCUCGGCAAGCACCAAUCACACGCCGCCAUCGCCGAGCCUGGGCCAGACGGGAGGUCGACCGUCCCGUCAUUCUAUGGCCCCGUCCGAACAAGCAUCUACAUUGGUCGGUUCAGACAACGAGGCUCGCGGGCUGGGAUCCGGGGAAGAGGACGACGCGGAUCUUCAAAGUGAAACCGCCUUUGAUUCGCUACGCACGGGCGCAACAAGAAGCACUUCGGGCGCCCGUGGCCCUCGCAUAGAGACGAUAUUUGACGAGAGUCCCCCGUCAAAGGUCAAAGUAACUGCCUUGCGAGAUUUGCUUCCCAAAGGCACCUUCCGGGAGCAGACCUUCGACGGUGCUCCCGGACAGCAGAGCAUUGCCGAGGAAGAGGAGAGCAUUUCGACACCGGUGCGCACCAUCAUUCCCGAACGAUCUAUACACGACUCUCCGAGCUUCUCUAGAGGGCACAGCGCUCCUCUGUUUCCUAGUCUAAUAUCCUCCUCGCCCCCGGACAUGCCCAAACCGCUCUCUCUUGGAACGCUCGAAUGGGACUCGAGAGCCGAGGAAGAUGACAGCAGCAGCCGCUGGUCAAUGGAUGAAGAGGAAGACGAAGACUCAUGGGGUGAUUUCCCUCUGCGUCCGCCAGCCACGCUAGCCGCCACGCCAGCGUCUCUCGGACGCCACAACUCGCGAUCGCUCGCUUUAGGCUCGAGCCCGAAGCCAGCCACCCCACAACAUCUUACCGUUGACCACGGCGAUAGGGACGCUCGCAGUAGCAUAUUUGAUUGGUCGGAGCAGCAGCCCGCUGAUAAAAGCUCGGGCAAUCGUACACCGCCACGUCCCAGCACAGUACAUGGGAAGAAGGAUGCAGACCGCCGAGGGAGUCGAUCAGUUGGGCGACGAGCUCCCAGUGGGUUGCACGCUCGCAGCCAAAGUGUGCCUGUUGUCCCGGAUGCUACAAACAAACGUAGCACAGUGGUCACCAACAAAUUUGGCACCUGGGGGGUGGGAAGCAAAGGCGUGACCGAGGAUUGGAACGACGAUUUUGACUUCUCUGAGCUGGCCGAGGCACCAACCACAGCGGGUGCAGCCGACUCGCAGAGGAUCGACAGUGGUACAGCAAUGGUGGUACCGAACCACAUUCAAGAGCAGCAGAACAACGUACUUGCGAACAUCGGCCUUCUGCGGGAGUGGGGCCUGCUGAUUGAAGAGCUCAAAGAGCAGAAGGUCCGGGCAGCCUCGCUAGGUAUCCUCGACGGUCACAAUGCCGCGAUGUGGGAGGAGGUGGAUGCCAUGAUUGAGCUUGCAGAUCAGGAGGCGGAACACGAUGGCAUUCCUCGCUUAUCUCCGCCCUCGUCUCCUGGUUUUGACGAGGACGCUUUUGAUGACGUGUCGGGCUCCAGCCCCAAUCACGGUCGAGAAAGACGCAGGUCGGUGUUGGCGAGCGAGGCGCUUGGCAAGACCACCACCCAUCAUGUCGCCCAUGCUAGCCGCCUACGGAGAAAGUCGAUACUCCCUCCGAAUCAUGACAUUUUUGGGCCCCAGUCAUCACCGAUUCCCUCCAAGUCUCGGUAUGAAUCGCCGGCCACUCCUGUAGAUCGGAAGACUGUCGUCAACCGACCUCGCAAGGACUCAGAAGCCAAGGCGCGCUCGGUCAUCGAGGCGCUACAGAAGAGAAGGAGCACACACGAGCCACUUGCGCAUUCGCAGCCCAGUCCGACUACGAAGAAGGUGCCAUUCGAUACUGCGACUCUCCGACGCAUCGUUCCUUACGUGAACACGUUGACGCGAAAAGUGAAGGAUGCGCUACGGGAAGCGGAGGGGCUCUAUUCAAGCCCAAGUACGAGCCCAAAAGACAGGGAGCCUCCGUUCAGCAAGAUUUUUCAACCAGAGAACGAUCUAUCGACGCAGAUGAAACUAAUGACGGUCAUGUAG